AUGGCUAUUCGUGUGUUUCGUCUGGUCCUCACGGGACUUCUUUCUAGUAUUGCUGGAGCUACUUAUAUGGUGCCUUAUCGAACGUUGGGCAUUGAGGAGGAAUCUGCAUCUCUACUUCCAGAUGGAACUGCCGGUAUUGACCCGGUUCAGAAGCGUUAUAGUCGGGACUUGAAUUAUGGCGCAAUCAUACAACGAGCAGGUAACUCGCAGAAUGAUGUCUGGUCACACCAAGUGAGAACAAGGCCACCAAUAACACGAAUUUCAAGCAGGCGCUUGCAACCGCUUUCAGCUUUGCAAGGCAUCGAAGAGGAGGUUCAAGUUGACGAUGAUUAUAUUGCUGAGGACACCCGUCCGCAAGGCUCCGCGGAUGAUGCACCAGUUUUGCGGGUUGCUAAGCUGCGUCGCAAGAAAAAAGAGCCUGUCUCGAAGGAUCGACAGAGGAAGAAGAAUCCGCAAAUAUCUGAGGACCCUUCGAAAGCCGACUUGGGUGACGACAUGUCAUUCCGGAAAACCGUGUGGAGGCCAGAUGCUCCAGAGUUCGUUCCAACUGCACACCGACGACAACUGGUGCGACAGGUCAACGAGGGCAGAGAUGAUGAACUGAAUAGUCCACGUGCCAUUGGUAAGGAGCAUAUACUAGCAUCCAGUCGUGAUCAAGACAUUAUCCCAUCGCGAGAUACGGACGCUCCUACUGCAAUGAAAGAGGAUCUCAAAUUGUCUAUCACCAAUGAAAACCGAGGACCAAACCCUAACACAUCCAAGACUGACUCGGGUCGUGCUAUCGAACGUGAUCACAAUAACUCCGCGUCUGUGCUGAAGCAGGCACUUAACGGAAUCGUUUAUGCAUACCCCAAAAAGGUUCGAAAGAGAGGAAAGGGGUCGAGAAGAGAAACCAAUCUUCGUCGAAAGCGCACAGAAAGCGAGCCAGCGGGCAUUGGAUUGAACUCCCAUCUGAAUUCAUUGUAA